AUGCAAUCUUGCUCUGAUCAUGUCUGUCACGGUGGUACAGACGAAAGCUUAGCACAGCUUCAUCAUGGUCGCAAGACGGUGGGCCGAGAACUUCUCCGCACGAUUCAACAGUCUUCCCUACGCGGCAAUCCUCCUUCGGUUUCCGGUGAGACCACUUCACGAAUGCCUUCUAACCAACUUUUUCUUCGAAACGGAGAGUCAAGCCGCAAUCUUACAAGGUAUUCCACUUGUGUGACUGAGUUUUUAUUACAUUUGAACUAA